UCUUCUCCACUGUGAAAAACAGAAACAGAGGAUACAUGACUGAAGAAGGAUUAGCAGUGUUUUCUGCUUCACCCAUCUCUUUUCUACUCGGGAAGCGCUCCUGAGCCGUGAGGCUGGCCCUGUUCUGACGCUGCAGCCCACCUGGCCUCUGCCGGAUGGAGUCCUGCAUUCCAGGGGCAAUGAGCCCAGCCCUUUUGGUGCUUCUGAUAACAGCCGUCUGCCAUGGCUCAGCAUCUCCCACGAUCACCCCUAAUGGAAGCACUCUGAUUGUGGAAAAAGACAAACAAGUGAGCUUAUUUUGCUCUGGGAAUGCCAGCGUGGAGUGGAUUGGCAUAAAGAAUGAUUCCAAAACGACGAUCUACAACAAUGGCACCCUCUAUAUACCGAAGGCCACAUGCAAAGAGAUGAGAAAUUACCAAUGUGCCUAUGUCAAUAGUACUGAUAAAGAGAUUGCAUCUGUGUAUCUGUUUGUGAGAGAUUCUUCAUCGAUCUGGUGCGUCCCUGGCAUAAGAGUUGAUGCGACAGAAGGCAGUGAUGCAUUGCUCCCAUGCCUCAUCACUGAUCCAGAAUUCACAAGCAGUGUGAGCCUUGUGAAAGACAGACGUCAGGUGACCUCAGCAUUUUCUUUCAGUGCACGGGAAGGAAUACGGCUGCACAGAGUAAACUUGAGUGAUACAGGCUGGUACUAUUGUCAAGCCCUCAUUCGAGGAAAGUGGAUGGACUCACGAAAAAUUGCCCUUGCUGUUAGAGAAAUCAGUGUACCCGUGUCUGUCACCAUCGCAACAGAAAACAAUGUGAGAAUACAAGGCGAACCUUUCAACAUCACCUGCAAAAUAAGUUACCCUUCCCACAAAUAUGGGACAAAUUGGACCUAUCCUCCCACCGCAAAUGUCAUUGAGAAUAGUCGUGAUAGUUUUGAUGAAGCAUCUAAUAAAUAUAUUACGGUCAUCGUUCUAUACACCCCAGCAGUACAGCUUCAAGACAGUGGGAAUUAUACUUGUUUUGGAAGCAGUUCUGCAGGAACCAGUUAUUCUUCAGCUACGCUGCGUGUGAUAGAGAAAGGCUAUUUAUAUUUGUCCACCAUCCAGAAGAAAACCCAGGAGCUGAGUUUGCGUGAAAGUCUGGAAUUGAAGGUGCUGAUUGAGGCAUAUCCUAAACCUUACACAUAUGAAUGGAUACACAUCAAUCCAUCAGAAAAUCUCAGGAAUAACACAUACAUUGGUCAGAUGAGUUCUGGGAGCAACAGGUACAACAAUACACUCAAACUAAACCAUGUAGAGGAACAUCACAGUGGAUUGUAUACUUUUUUUGCUGAUAAUGGUGAAGCCAGUGCAUCCAUAACUUUCAACAUUUCAGUCAAAAUUCCAGCUAAAGCGAAACUGAAAGUCAACAGCUCUGACAGCUUGUGGUGUGAAGCGAGUGGUUACCCUGCUCCACGUAUUGAGUGGUAUAAAUUGCCUCACAGUCAUAAUUCAGACAGAUGCAAUCAAGGUGGAAUGCUGAUCGUGAAUGACACUAGUCCACAGAUUGUGAGUGAAAUUCCCUUUGGAAGAGUGUCAUUGAUAAGCUUGCUCAGGAUUACGGAAAUGGAGGGCAACGAGACCUACUGCUGUUUUGCAAUUAAUAAUGCUGGAAAUGAAUCCAGUUAUGGACCAUUAUUUCUUCCUGUUAAAGGAGAGAAUGGCAACCUGGGCCUUACCUCCAAAACAGUUAUUAUUGCCUGGGCAGGAACAAUGGCUUUUCUCCUUCUGUGUAUCAUCAUCUUAUUCUACAAAUACAAGCAGAAACCCAAGUACCAAGUCCACUGGAAAAUAAUUGAUGACUGCGAUGGAAACCAUUACACUUUCAUUGAUCCUACCCAGCUUCCAUACAAUGAGAAAUGGGAAUUUCCCCGGAACAACUUACAAUUUGGAAAAAUCCUGGGAGCUGGAGCUUUUGGGAAGGUGAUCGAAGCCACAGCCUUUGGGCUGGACAAGGAAGAUUCAGUCACAAAAGUGGCUGUAAAAAUGCUGAAAUCUACAGCACAUACCGAUGAGCAAGAAGCCCUCAUGUCAGAGCUGAAGAUCAUGAGCCACCUAGGUCACCAUGAAAACAUUGUCAACCUGCUGGGAGCAUGUACGCAUGGAGGCCCCGUCCUUGUCAUUACUGAGUAUUGUCCUUAUGGGGACUUGCUGAAUUUCCUGCGAAAGAAAACUGAGUGCCUCAUAAUCCAGGAUUUAACCUUGGAUUCUACCAUUGAUAACACAGCAGCUGACUACAAAAAUAUCUAUCUUGGGAAGAAAUACAUCCAAAAUGACAGUGGAUUUGGAAGCCAGUGUGUGGAAAGCUAUCUGGAAAUGAGAGCAGUGACAACAUCAAACCUUAUGCCUGGAAAAGGGAGGAGCUCAGUGGUAGGAGAAGAAACUGUGGACAGCCAUCCUCUUAGCUUGGACGACCUGCUGCAAUUCUCCAGCCAGGUGGCUCAGGGAAUGAGCUUCCUUGCAUCAAAAAACUGCAUUCACCGUGAUUUGGCAGCAAGAAAUGUGCUAGUGGCUGAUGGGCGAGUGGCCAAGAUCUGUGACUUCGGCCUGGCGAGAGACAUUAUGAACGAUGCCAACUAUGUUGUCAAAGGCAAUGCUCGCCUGCCAGUGAAGUGGAUGGCACCAGAGAGCAUCUUUGAGUGCGUUUACACAGUACAAAGUGAUGUGUGGUCUUACGGCAUCCUUCUCUGGGAAAUAUUCUCCCUAGGAAGGAGCCCCUAUCCAGGCAUGAAAGUGAACGGCAAGUUUUAUCAGAUGGUAAAACAGGGAUACCAUAUGGGGAGACCAGAUUUUGCUCCAGAUGACAUAUACCACAUCAUGACAGCGUGCUGGAACCUGGAGCCAACUCGUCGGCCCACCUUCCACCAGAUCUGUACUCUCCUUCAGGAGCAGUUGGAUACCAGCAAGGAACGGGAUUAUAAAAACUUGCCAUGUGCCACAGAAGAAGGUGACAGUGGAUGUGAGCCAUCCAGCUACUGCGAAGAAUCCUGUGACUCCGGAGAAAGCGGGCAACCACUUUUGAGCAGCAAUAACUAUCAGUUCUGUUAAGGGUACACGGCUGAGACACUCAAGUCUGUGUCAUUUCAGCAAAAAGGCAGCUCUUGCACCCAUCCCUUUCUUGGGGUGAGUGGGCAUUUCAUAACAUAAAGAUGCAUGGCCUUGCCAUGUACUGAUAACUCACUUCUGAAUACUAAGCAUUACUCAUGAUGAUACCAUUUCAAAAAAAAAAAUGGCAGGCUUCACUUUUAAAAAUAUUUAGCUUGGCCAUAACCCGUCUAUCCAAUCCACAGGCUUUUUGCUAUUUGGUUAAAACGUGCUUGUAAGAGUGAGAAUGGACCUAAACAUUUAAAACCACGCUGUUGUGUUUUUGUAACAAAAUUGACCUCUUGGCUUCAGCGGUGAUGCCCACCCUGUCUUUACACACGUCUUUUCCCUACAUGUAAUAAGACCUUCGAACUGAUUAGGUCUGCCAGAAGGAGAAUCAGCAGAGCCAAUCCAACUUGGCUAAGGCCAGGAAUUUUACAGAAGUCUGGGCAAGAGGAGAAAUCAUUGUAGCCAUUCACAGUAUACAGUAUGAUGUGCCAUUUCCCCAGUGACUUCUUCUAAGGUAAUUACAUUUACUGCAGUAAGAGUUCUAAUUUGUUACAGAAAGCAAUUUUUUAAAGUACAGUAGAAUCCCCUAUCUGCAGAGAAUUUAAAAGCCCCACUGCAGAUGCUG